UCGCUGCAGGACAAACAGACAUGCAAGGCGAUUGUCCAUUAUACAGACAUCCUUACCAAACGUUUUUGGGUCAUGCUAAUGGGCUAUGAAAGUAAGGACUAUGCUAUAUUCAAACAAAGUAUCCUUGCGAAGUACCCGCACAUGAACCAGGGGACUUGUUAUAUGAUCCGAGACUUGGAACGGGUUGUGCUCAAUACAGCAGACUCUGACAUUUCCACAGAAAUGGAGCUUCUUCAAUACUAUCACCAGUUUCAUCCUAUCGCUGUAUGGCUAGAGACCAAUCCAAAAAUCUCCAAGCACGAAUGA